AUGUCCAGUCCCCUGAAGCAGGUUCUGGUUGUGAUGGUCACCACCUUCCACAAGUACUCCAACCAAGAGGGCAACAAGUUCAAGCUGACUAACAGGGAGAUGAAGGUUCUGCACAAGGAGCUGCCCAACUUUAUGGGAGAGAAGGUGGAUGAGGAGGGCCUGAAGAAGCUGAUAGGUGAGCUGGAUGAGGGCAGCAACCAGCAGGUGGACUUCCAGGAGUACACUGUUUUUCUACCCCUCAUCACUACCGUGUGCAAUGACUUCUUCCAGGGCUCCCCAGAACAGCCCUGAUGCAGAACUCUUGGCUCCCUGCCAUAGGUCUCUUGGGCCCUGGAGGACUCUUGUCUUUUUUAGUUUUAUAUUCAGUAGACGUUUUUGCUUCUUGACA